AUGGAAACGAGCAUUAUGCUUCAGCCCACACUUCUGCUCGCCUUUGCGGGUACAACUCUGGCCUCCUUUGCCGGGAAUCUAAACUACCGCAGCCCAUCUCACAACCAUCCGGGCCUUGGUAUCUCAAUCCCCAAGGUGCUCAAGCGUUCAGACCCAGCGGUAAAUUAUUCGCCGGAUGACCUGCAGUUCACACACGGUGUUGCCUCCGGAGACCCGUAUCCUAACUCUGUCAUCCUGUGGACACGAUGCGCUCCUUCAACUGACAAUGUCAAAGACCCCGUCUCAUCCAAAGAUGGUGGGGAAAUGUAUGACUCCGUGCCCAUUUAUGGAGAUAACGAGGGCAAUGCUCCAGUGUCGAAAGCUCCCGUAUGCCUGGAGUAUAAGGUUGCUGAAGACAAAGGAUUCAAGACAGUCGCGGAUUGCGGCACAGUCUACACAAGUUCAGAUGUUGAUUAUACCGUCAAGGUAGAAGCAUCGCACCUAAAACCUUUCACCACUUAUUACUACAAGUUCAACAUUUGCAGUUCAGACAAAUCUAGCCCAGUCGGAAGAGCGAAGACGUCCCCAACCGAACACGAUGAGAUCUCCGAGAUAUCCCUUGCAGUCUAUUCUUGCACUAACUUCGCCAAGGGGUAUUUCAAUGCCUAUGGAAAUCCCGCUCGCAAGGACUCCGUUGAUUAUGUUGUUCAUCUUGGAGAUGGCUCUAAGAUCGGCCGCACGCAGUACCCGAAAACGGUGGUUUAUACGCUCUACCAAUACCGGAAACGCCACGCAACUCAGAAGACUGACUUGGAUUUACAACUGAGCCAUCGAGAGUUUACAUGGAUUCCAGUAUGGGAUGAUCACGAGGUUUCGGAUAACACGUACCGUGACGGAUCGUCGCUCCUUCAAAAUACGGAAUCCUCAUUCAUCAUUGAUGGAGGAGUGUCAGUUGACCAGCGUAAAAUGAAUGCUGUCCGUGCCUAUUUUGAGUGGAUGCCAAUCAGGCAAGUUGAGAUGGACGACAAUCUCAGAAUUUGGAGAAACUUCAAGAUCGGCAACCUCCUUGACCUUAUCAUGUUAGACACACGACACUAUGACCGAUCCAUUACCGAUUUAUACUUGAAUACCCAGUAUAUAAAGAAAAUCGCAGAUGAUGUUGGUCGAUCAAUGAUGGGUCCCCGGCAGGAACAUUGGUUCUAUGAGAAGCUAAAAGCGUCUGCCAAAAGACAAGCUACUUGGAGAAUCAUUGGCAGCCAAACUGUUUUCUCUCGCAUUGAUGAAACAGAUUCAAUCGGCAAAGGAACAAACAGCGAUUCCUGGGACGGCUACAGGGCCAACCUCAACCGCACCCUGAGCACCUUGUACAAAAAUAAAAUCGGAAACAACAUUGUCAUCGCUGGCGACAGUCAUGCCAACUGGGUGUCCGAUCUCACCUGGCUAGACGAAUAUCCGUACGACCCAAAUACAGGAGCUGGAGCUAUUGGCGCCGAAUUUGCCGGCACAGCAGUUACCAGCAGCGGGCCUACAACCAACGUAGCCAUGGGCAACAUGAUGUCGAAGACAUUGAUUAACAAGAAUAAAGAACUGCAGUGGUCCGAACUGUACUAUAGAGGAUACUUCGAGCUGAAUAUCUCGCACAAUCGCACCAAUGCUAAAUUCUUCGCUAUCCCUGAUAUUAAGAAGAGAAGUCCCGUUGAGAUCUCCCUGGCUAACUUUACCGUCAUUGCUGGUGAGAAUAGGCUUGCGCGGACGAAUGGGAUUCCGUCGACUAAUGGACAGGGCGUACACAAUGGUGUUUUGAAGAAUGGGAAGUUAGAGAAGCAGACUAUUCAGUAUAAUACUGAGACAAGAGAGUGGUCUAAGACUUAA